GCACUUAAAAUGUGUGGUAUUCGCUAAAAAGCUUUGGAUAUAAUCGAUCAAUGCGAAACUAAUUGAAGCGGCUAGACUGUAAAUGAGCAUGCGCAGCCACGCGGACUAAACAACCACUUACAGACGCAAUGCUAUACAGCCAGCAUCGCCACUCGAACACUACUUGAAGCCACUCUACAUUUAAAUGAAAUAAAACGUACGGAAAUAGUGCGCGCGCGUUUUAAAGGUCGAAAAUCUGAGAAAGAGUUUCAAACAAUAUGGAAGAGCACAAAAGAAAGAAAAAAAUUGCAAAAGCAGUCACUUUUUUUAAUUCCUGUUUUCCAAUUGAGACGAAAUUCUUCCAAUGGCAGCAACACAUUCUCAUACGCCGCGAAUACCAGCGCAUGCGCUAGAAGACAACAAUUGGAGUUGACAAACCGCUUUACUUGCAAAAAAACUGCAAAGUUAAUCAUUUGUAAACCUGAUUUCCAUUGCUUUUUCUUUAAGCGCUUUGCGCGAAUAUAAUAAUGCAAAUUGCUUUCAUUGCACAGUUGGAAUUCCGGCUGCAGAGUCGACUGCUGGACCCUUCAAUAAGCAUGCAGUCAACAGUGAAGUUAGAAUAAAUUAUUUGGAAAAAACGUUUUGCGUACAGUAAAUUAAACUGAAAUAUUCAGCUAAAUUAUUAUAGACAAUGCUUAAGUGGGCAGUUAACACACCGCGACUCUCCUAUCUUACAGUGGACGACUCAAAAACAAAUACCGAAGACUUGCAGCUCAAACCUUUAAGCGCCUUAUCCCCAGGAAAACUGAACACUCCAAAUGAAAUAAUUUCCUCGCAAACACAAACGCUCUCCGUCAAGCGGAAGAGGCUGAAACGGAAAUCUUCUGAUAUUUACCUUUCACGUCGUUUGCAAAACUGGUUGGAUAAGGAAAAUCAAGUAACAUCUACUCCACUUCACUCAAGCUCAAAGAUAUAUAACAAAAACGGUACUUUACGUCGACUUAACAGUUUGAAAGACUUGUCUAACAUCAUACCGUGUGAGAACGCUGUCUCCAACAACCCGCUAAACCCAAUUUUAUCACAGUUGAACGCACCAAGUCAGAGUUUAGAUAAUGAUACAUUAACAAAGAACAAUCCUGUCAACUAUGCGACUACACUGCCUACUCUCGAAGUAGAAUACUCGCCCUGCGGUCCAAUUCCCGGACCGAUUCUGGCAUUGCGCGGCCUGGGUAUUGCUGAUACUUACUUUGACAAACCGCGAUAUCUGCCACAUAAUAAAAGCGAUGAAACUAUAAUACAAACAAAACCAUCCAGUAAAAUAACUAAUUACACGUUUCACAGUCAAAAGCAUACACGACGAUCUUUGAAUAGCAUACGCGAUGAUACCGCAUCAUUGAGCUCUUCCAAAAUGGGUGAUCAAACGCUAGAACGUAUGAUAGAUGCGAUACUGGAGAGCACAAGAAAGGAAAAGAAGCCUAUGAAGUUUGCAAGGCAAUCAAAUAACCAGCCGUGCGUGGUAAUGUCACCCACAUAUACACCUGCAGAAGACCCCGCCAACGAUCUAAGUGAAUUUUGGAUUGAUACACAAAAUGAAGAACCGCUAUUACAGACUGUGCGCAAAAAGCGACGUUCUCUACCAGCUACUGUUACCUCAAUAUACAGCGAGCGAGAAGUACGGUCUCCACAUCGUACAAGCAACCGUAAACGUAAUAUAUUCCACUUGCGCCGACAACGAGCAGUGCGUAGAAAACGUAAAACGUCUAAGCACAACGUAACACAUUAUACACAUAAAAUAGAUGAGCCAACAAUAACAAACAAAGAACUAACAGAAUCGGGCGAGCUAAAUUCCAAACGGAUUGAUAAUUCAAGCCCUGAUAGUGGUCACAAUUCCUUCAGCGAAUUGGAUGAGAACUCCAUCAUGUUAGAGAGUAAUUGCUUAGCGAUCGUCAGCACGCUGGAGAACUCUGACCUGCGUGCUUUAGAUUCUACAAAACGGCGCCUCAGCUUUUCAAAUCAAACUUCAAUCGUAUAGUAUACAUACGUACGUAUACGUUCUAAUGAUUCCCGUUAUAAUUUGUUGCAUAUUCUGUUAAUAACUUAAUAUAACGUUUUUUACAAUUUAUAGUCGAAUAAAAUCGUAAUCUUUUGUAGCUAAUAUUGUUUUAAUUUUUCCACGGCAACUACCGGUAGAGGACAUAUCCUAUA